GGCACUGAGCGCGUGACCCACCACCUACGCGCAGCCGCGCUUAUCUCCUUCCGCGCUACUGCUAUGCCGGCGCUCUCCACCGGAGCACCGCGGCGAACAAGUAGACCAGGCCUCAUCCAGCCACCGCUGUGUCAACGCAGCAAGUCACACUUCAUGAGCUCCUCCACUAAAUUCGAUCGAUCCGUGGACGCCGCGUCCCCGUCCGACGACCAGGAGCAAGGGCUGCACCAAACAGUGUCGUCGGAUCCGCCGACGCGACCGGCGGGGCGCACCAAGCUCAAGGAGACGCUCCACCCGGUGUACCGUAGUGGCCUGGCCGGGGGAUGGCUGUGCGAGCUGCGCGUGCACGGGACGAAGGGUUCCAGGUUCUGGCACGGGCACGGCACCUUCGCCACCGCUGAGACGGCGGCGCGCGCGCUCGCGCUAUCAGGCUGCGACGCCUGCCUCAACUUUGCCGACUCCGCCUGUUGGAUGCUGCCCGUUCUCGCGGCCGGGUCGUUCGGCUUCAGCAGCGCACAUGUGUUCAAGGACGCCGUGGCCACCGCCGUCGUGGCAGUCCAGCGCAAGCAACCGCUGGUGUCUCCGGCGGACAUGGCCGACUAAGAGAGGACGCCCAUAGCUAGCCGACGCCGAGCGCGCUGUUCAUAUUCAAUGUCCAGCGACUUGUUGGACGAACACUGGUUUGGCGGCAUAGACGCCUCAUACUACCGCGAGCUUGGCGCAGGGCAUGCUCGUGGAGCCAUCGGCCGACGAAGAUUGGCGGGAGGACGGCGGCGAGUAGAUCGGUCUGGAGACUCACUACGGAUAUGGAGCUACUUGCUCGACUAGAGCAGUGUGAACUAGUGCUAUUAUUCUAUGGAGCUAGUAAUUGUAAAUUAGUGCUAGUAUUAUACUCCUAGUUCUGUUCUUCCAAAUAUGGAAAGAAACAGAGUAGGCAUGGAGGGCAAUUUUUCCCCAAUGUGUUCAUUCACUCAUAUAUCGAGAAAGU